UCAUCCCCUUCUUUCUUUCUUUCUUUCUGCGUCCCCGCCCCCAAUAAAACCGGAAAUGUCACCUUUCUAAAACAGCAUUUCAGCGAGCGAAAGAGCGAAUCCAGAAGCAAAUAAAAAUAUAUAUAUUUUUAAAUCCCUCUUUGAUUCAAUUUCUCCAAUUUUCUCCGUUUUUUCUUUCCACCAUGGCUUCCAUUUCUGAUUCUUCCAAACAGUCCCUUCUCCCAACCUUCCUAUACUCCUCUCUUGAUCCAAUCCUCAACGCCUACAAUCCUGUCUUCGCUGCUUCGCGCUCCGCUAAACUCGAUGCUCCCGCAGCAUCAGCCUCGCCCUUGAUCAAGACGAGAACGUUCAUGAUAUCCUCCCCCAAUGAGCCUGGGAAGAAGAUCGAGAUGUACUCGCCUCAGUUCUACGCUGCUUGUACCGUCGGCGGUAUUCUUAGCUGUGGUCUCACUCACACGGCGGUUACUCCUCUUGACCUCGUCAAGUGUAAUAUGCAGAUUGACCCUGCAAAGUACAAAAGUAUCUCAUCUGGUUUCGGAGUUCUGCUGAAGGAGCAAGGACUCAGAGGCUUCUUCCGUGGUUGGGUUCCUACCCUUCUUGGUUACAGUGCACAGGGUGCCUGCAAGUUUGGAUUUUAUGAGUUUUUCAAGAAGUACUAUUCUGACCUUGCUGGACCUGAAUAUUUUGCCAAGUACAAGACCCUGAUCUAUCUUGCCGGCUCUGCAUCUGCUGAGGUGAUUGCUGACGUUGCACUUUGCCCCUUUGAGGCAGUCAAGGUCAGGGUUCAAACUCAGCCUGGUUUUGCUAGGGGUCUGUCCGAUGGUUUUCCCAAGUUUGUCAGAUCUGAAGGUGUUCUUGGAUUGUACAAGGGUAUUGUUCCUCUUUGGGGUCGUCAGAUUCCAUAUACCAUGAUGAAAUUUGCAUCUUUUGAAACCAUUGUUGAGAUGAUCUACAAGUAUGGUAUUCCCACUCCGAAGGACCAGUGCAGCAAAUCUCUGCAGCUUGGUAUUAGUUUUGCUGGUGGUUAUAUAGCUGGUGUCUUCUGUGCUAUUGUUUCUCACCCUGCUGACAACCUUGUCUCUUUCCUCAACAAUGCCAAAGGAGCAACUGUUGGUGAUGCUGUUAAGAAGCUUGGAUUGUGGGGUCUGUUUACCCGUGGGCUGCCUCUCCGUAUUGUCAUGAUUGGAACACUAACUGGAGCUCAAUGGGGUAUCUAUGAUGCUUUCAAAGUGUUUGUGGGACUGCCAACAACUGGUGGUGUUGCUCCAGCUGCCGCUGAGCUUGCAAAGGCAUAGAAAGUUGGAAGAUCAACAGAAUAGUUACGUUGUUCAAAUAUACCUGCAAAAACUUUUCAUAAUAGGGAUAAAUAAACAUAGCAUUGGUGAAAAUUGCUUAAAUGGGUCUCAAGCUGGUGGAGAGUAUUUUUUUGCAUUUAAAACUUCCAUCAACUCCUUUGUUUUGAAAAUACUGUUGGUUUUGUGAGAGGAUGGUUUUGGUUUCAUCCUCUAAACUCGGGAGACUAUUUUUUUGUAGUUAGAUCAUAUAUGAAAUUAUGCUUUUUCUUC